CAACCAAACAAGAGAAAAUAAGUGUUUUUCCUCGUAGCCAAACACACCCGGAGCGGACACGAAUUUUCCUCGUACCCAAGCUCAAAACAAUGUGUCAAACAACCAAAAGGACAAUAUUGUCUUUUGACCUUUUGUGAGGGCAAAUAUGAGAAUGGUAGCUUGGUCAUUUCAACCUGUACAACGGCUACUUAUUUGCUGGCCGUUAGAUAAAAUCAUAGUAUUAUGUGGGAAAAGAACAGAAGUCACUGCACGCUCCACUAGAAGUUCUGUAGGCGGCCGCUACCAUUUGCCACUCUCUGCUCUUCUUCACUCUUUUCCUCUUUUACAGAAAAAAAUCCAAAAAGGAAAAAGAAGAAAGAACACAUUUUGAUCGGCCAUUUUCAUGAUUCAGAAUCAUUAAUUUUUGUCAAAGAAAAUGGAGAAGUUGAACAACAUUUUCAAGAAGAAGACUUCACCCAAAGAAGCACUAAGGACCAGCAAAAGGGAAAUGGCUGUUGCUACCAGAGGCAUUGAGCGGGAGAUUUCAUCUUUACAAAUGGAGGAGAAAAAGUUAGUUGCAGAGAUCAAGAAAACAGCCAAAACAGGAAACGAGGCCGCCACUAAAAUUCUAGCUCGUCAACUUGUGCGACUGCGGCAACAAAUUGUAAAUUUGCAAGGUAGUCGUGCUCAGAUUAGGGGUGUAGCAACUCAUACACAGGCACUGUAUGCUAGCACCUCUAUGUCUACUGGAAUGAAAGGUGCAACUAAAGCGAUGACUGCCAUGAACAAGCAAAUGGCACCUGCAAAACAAGUUAAAGUGAUCAGAGAAUUCCAGAAGCAGUCAUCACAGUUGGACAUGACAAUUGAGAUGAUGUCAGAGUCCAUUGAUGAAACUUUGGAUAAAGAUGAAGCUGAAGAAGAAACUGAGGAGCUUACAAACCAGGUGCUGGACGAGAUUGGUGUUGACAUUGCAUCGCAGCUAUCUUCAGCUCCAAAAGGUCGAAUUGCAUCGAAGAAAGUUGAAAAUGUUGCUCCCCCUAGUUCUGACUCUGCGGACAUUGAGGAACUUGAGAAGAGGUUGGCCUCUCUUCGACGAAUUUGAGGAAGAACGUGCAUAUUGGACAGCUUCUUACAUUGAUCCCCUUUCUUCUUGUAUAAAUUCUCUUUAGCAUAAACAUAUAGUAUGUACUAAAUUGUAUUUCUCUGACUAUUGUUCUCUAGCACUAAACAUCAACAUUUAUGAAUUAAUAUCUAGAGGUAUAAAUGCUGUAAGAAUGAUAAUGGAUAUGUU